GCGGGGCCACUUCAGACCGCCUCUUCCGGAACAGGCCUGUGCCCCGGAAGUAGUUUGUCGAGUGACCGUGGGCCGCUGAAGGAAGCUGUGGAGGGGCUGACACCAUGUUUCUGUCGGCUGUCUCCUUUGCCAAGAGCAAAUCAAAGAACAUCCUAGUGAGAAUGGUAAGCCAAGCUGGGACAGGUUUCUCCUUCAACACCAAGAGAAGCCGCCUGGGGGAGAAACUGACGCUACUGCAUUAUGAUCCAUUUGUGAGAGCAAGAGUCCUCUUUGUGGAACAGAAAAAAAUACGCUCCAUCUGAACAAUGGAUUGAAAAUGCAUUUGAUUUAUAAAUGAGAAGACUGAGGGCGGGCACUGAUUCAGAAAUUCUGCAGCAUGAAAUAAAAGAAGAGGAAGUGACACGGCAUCUCUGCCUCCUGCGAUUGGAAGGCCAUUGUGAAGAAAACAAUGCAGUGGGAGAAAGUUCUUCAUAUUAGGGUGUAUAUCAUUGCAUCACAUUUCUUUAUCUUUCUAGAUAUUUUUAUAGCCCGUAAUAAAAUAUACUAAAAUAGCCUGUA